GCCAUCCCUUCCGAUGGGCCAACUCGCCACCCCCAGAAGCUCAUAUACCUCAUUCCUCCUAUCCAAUCAACAACCCUCUCUCCCUCUCUCUCCAAGCAGUCGCCACCCCAUUUCCCACCACGGCCUCGUUCAUCACCACCACAUUCUCACCAACGAUGACAGACACCACGUCCACGCUCUCGUCUCUCUCCGCGCCCUCCGCCUCGGCCUCGCCCAUCAAGCCGCAGCCGCUGCACGACCCCGCGCGCGCCGCCGUCGUCGUGGGCCAAAAGGCCCCGCUCGGCGCCAGCAACCCAAACCAAGUCGUGCCGGGCCAGACGGUGGACCACUCGAUCCCCGGCGCCGCGCUCGGCCAGAAGGCGCUGCUGGCGAAGAAGUUUGCUAGUGCGCAGGGCAGCACCGUGUCGCCGACGGACGCGCUGCAGUCGCCGUGCACGGCCAAGAUCGCGAGCGCGAAGCAGCGGCGGUUCGCCAAGGCCAAGGCUCCCGGGCUGCGCUUGACGGACGACAACAAGGACAAGGCAUGAGCCGAAACAUGACAUGUACCCCAUGCCACGCACGUUGUAACUGUCUCAUACUUGACGCUUGUGUACCCUCUGUAGCUGCUGCUACGGCAUGCAUUGUGACGAAGACCCGGUAGCGGUGUUGUUGUGCUUGCUCAUGGCAUGUGGAGGCUGACACGGCCCCACAUCGCGGCUUGCACGCUCCGAUCACGGACCCUCGACGCCACCCAAACAAUCAAUCCUCCAAGUGGCCAAAUGACAACCAUGC